AUGGCUCCUCCAGUGUGGACUCUGAUGCUGCUGGUGGGGACUGCCUGGGGCCAGCACCAAGUAUCUGCCCCCAUGCGGAGACAGAACUCUCUGGAACGGAAACCGAUUAAGAUGGCACUCACUUCGCAGGAGAGUUCCAUUCUCUCAAAGUGUGACUUUGAAGAUGAUACCAGACCUUUCUGCGAUUGGUCUCAAAUGUCUUCAGAUGAUGGGGACUGGAUUCGAACUACUGGGCCCUCCUCUACUGGCACUUCUGGUCCCCCUGGGGGCUACCCCAAUGGAGAGGGCUACUACCUGCACAUGGAUGCCAGCACCUUUCCCCGGGGCGGAGUGGCACGCCUGCGUAGCCCUGACAUAUGGGAGCAAGGCCCACUAUGCAUCCAUUUUGCCUUCCACAUGUUUGGGCUGUCAUGGGGUGCCCAGCUCAGACUGCUGCUGCUCAGGGGCCGGAACCACCGCCGACCCAACAUUCUCUGGAAACACAUUAACACCCAGAGUCUCUCUUGGAUGCCCACCACUGUCAAUGUGCCAGCAAAUCGUGAUAUACCAAGCUGGCUGAUGUUUGAGGGCAUGAGGGGAAACACCGCCUACCUGGACAUUUCUCUGGAUGGCCUCUCUAUCCAGCGGGGUACCUGCAAUCGGAUCUGCCUGUCCCAGUUGUGCACCUUUGAUAUUCUAAAUGAUCUCUGUGGCUGGAGCUGGGUCCCAACUGCCACCGGGGCUAAGUGGACCCAGAAGACAGGACCAUCGGAGAAGCCGGGUGUGGGGCCUGAUGAUGACUUCUCUAGCCCUGGUCGUGGCUACUACAUGCUCCUGGACUCUACGAAUGCAAGGUCAGGACAGAAAGCUGUGCUUCUUAGUCCGCUGAGCCAUUCCAGUGGCUGCCUGACCCUCUCUUUCUACUACAUAAUGCGCGGUCAGUCAGUUGGCGAAGGCCUUUUCGUCUAUGCUACGUUCUUAGGCAACAUCCGGAAACACACUCUCUUCUCAGGACACUAUGGACCCACCUGGCAGGCUGUGUCUGUCAAUUAUACAGGACAGGGACAGCUACAGUUCAUGGUGGUGGGUGUGUUUGGAGACAAGCCAGAGCCAGCAAUAGCUGUGGAUGCCAUCAGCAUUGCUCCCUGUGGGGAACGUUUUCCCCAGUGCAACUUUGAAGACAGACUCCAUCCUUUCUGUGACUGGAGCAAUGUGUUGGGAGAUAGCGGACACUGGAGAUGGGGAAGUAAAAGUGUACCCACCCCCAUCUCAGGGCCCCCACGAGAGUUCCCAUAUGGAGGGGAGCACUAUAUUUACUUCGAUUCAGUCAACUUACCCCAGGCAGGACAGUCUGCCAAACUGGUGAGUCCACCCUUCUGUGCCCCUGGGGACGUCUGUGUGGAGUUUGCUUACCACAUGUACGGCCUUGGAGAAGGUACCACGCUCAAGCUCCUGCUGGGGAGUCCUGCAGGCAGUGCUCCCAUUUCUCUGUGGAACCGUGUUGGGUCUCAGAGCACUGGCUGGGUAAACAGCUCUGUCACAAUCCCUAAGGGACAUCAGCAGCCCAUGCAGCUGUUUCUUGAGGCCACCCGGGGCUCCAGCACUGCCUUUGUCGUUGCUGUCAAUUUCAUCUUGAUCUCUCAUGGACCCUGUCGGGGUAAGAUGGAACUCAAGGGCCCAGCUUCUUCCCCACCUCAGUACAAGCCUAGUGGCUCAUACCUGCCAGCAUUGCCACAGAUAGAGAUUUAUUCAACCAGUGUUCCCAUAGUAGUACCUUUCACUCCCACUGAAGAGAACACCAUCUCCACAGAAAGGACCACUAUCCCCCCUGAAGAGAUCACAACCUCCACAGAAAUGAUCACUGCCCCAACUGAAGAGACUACUGAAGAGACCACCAUCCCUACAGAAGUGACCAUUGGCUCUCCUGAAGAGACCACCACCCCUACAGAAGUGAUCAUAACACCUGUCUCUCCUGAAGAGACCAGUAUCCCUCUUGAGACCACCAGCUCUACAGAAGCGACCACUGUCUCUAUUGAGGAGACCACCAGCUCUACAGAAGUGACCACUGUCUCUCCUGAGGAGACCACCACCCCUACAGAAGUGACCACUGUUUCCACAGAAGUAAAUGCUGCCUCCACAGAAGUGGCCAGUGCCAGCACAGAAGUGACCACUGUCUCUCCUGAGGAGACCACCAUCCCUACAGAAAUGACCACUGUUUCCACAGAAGUAACUGGUGUCUCCACAGAAGUGGCCAGUGCCACCACAGAAGUGACCACUGUCUCUCCUGAGGAGACCACCAUCCCUACAGAAGUGAUCACUGUCCCUCCUGAAGAGACCACCAUCCCUAUAGAACUGACCACUGUCCCUCCUGAAGAGACCACCUUCCCUACAGAAGUGACCACUGUCCCUCCUGAAGAGACCACCUUCCCUACAGAAGUGACCACUGUCCCUCCUGAAGAGACCACCUUCCCUACAGAAGUGACCACUGUCCCUCCUGAAGAGACCACCUUCCCUACAGAAGUGACCACUGUCCCUCCUGAAGAGACCACCUUCCCUACAGAAGUGACCACUGUCCCUCCUGAAGAGACCACCUUCCCUACAGAAGUGACCACUGUCCCUCCUGAAGAGACCACCUUCCCUACAGAAGUGACCACUGUCCCUCCUGAAGAGACCACCUUCCCUACAGAAGUGACCACUGUCCCUCCUGAAGAGACCACCUUCCCUACAGAAGUGACCACUGUCCCUCCUGAAGAGACCACCUUCCCUACAGAAGUGACCACUGUCCCUCCUGAAGAGACCACCUUCCCUACAGAAGUGACCACUGUCCCUCCUGAAGAGACCACCUUCCCUACAGAAGUGACCACUGUCCCUCCUGAAGAGACCACCUUCCCUACAGAAGUGACCACUGUCCCUCCUGAAGAGACCACCUUCCCUACAGAAGUGACCACUGUCCCUCCUGAAGAGACCACCUUCCCUACAGAAGUGACCACUGUCCCUCCUGAAGAGACCACCUUCCCUACAGAAGUGACCACUGUCCCUCCUGAAGAGACCACCUUCCCUACAGAAGUGACCACUGUCCCUCCUGAAGAGACCACCUUCCCUACAGAAGUGACCACUGUCCCUCCUGAAGAGACCACCUUCCCUACAGAAGUGACCACUGUCCCUCCUGAAGAGACCACCUUCCCUACAGAAGUGACCACUGUCCCUCCUGAAGAGACCACCUUCCCUACAGAAGUGACCACUGUCCCUCCUGAAGAGACCACCUUCCCUACAGAAGUGACCACUGUCCCUCCUGAAGAGACCACCUUCCCUAUAGAAGUGACCACUGUCCAUCCUGAAGAGACCACCUUCCCUAUAGAAACCAGUGGCCCUCCUGAGGUGACCAGCAUCUUUUCUGAAGGGGCCAUUGUCUCCAUGGAAGAGACCACUGUCUUUGCAGAGCAUUCUACUUUCUUCAUGCAAACGUCCACAAUAUGUAGUCCACCCUGUCCAAGCCCUUCACAGGUUCCAGGUGUCUCGAUGAUCGGCUUGGUCCCAGCUAUAGGUAUAUCUACCACAGCUAUGAGAUGCCCUCCAUAUGCCCACUUUGAAUCAUGUGCGUGCCUUGCAUCCUGUGAGAACCCCAAGCCCAGCUGCCAGUCCCCCUGCAGUCCCGGCUGUGUCUGCAAUCCUGGAUUUUUGUUUAGUAACAAUCAAUGCAUCAAUGAGUCUUUCUGCAAUUGCUUCUACAGCAACAAGUACUAUCAGCCUGGGGAAGAAUGGUUCAGUCCCAAUUGCACAGAGCGGUGCCGAUGCUUGCUUGGUAGCCGGUUGGAGUGCCAGAUCUCUCAGUGUGGGACACACACUGUAUGCCAGCUGAAUAAUGGCCAGUAUGAAUGCCAGCCCUACGGUACUGCCACCUGCCUGGUCUAUGGGGACCUUCAUUUUGUCACCUUUGAUGAGAGGCAAAUUAGCUUCACAGGGACAUGUACCUAUAUCUUGACUCAAAUCUGCGACAACUCUACAGACCCAUUCUUCAAGAUAACAGCAAGUGCCCAAGAACGGGGAGUAGAAGGUGUAGCCUCCCUGGACAAAGUCUUCAUCACCCUGCCAGAGACGACCAUUACCCUGAUCAGGGGCAGACACACACUGAUUGGGGAUCAGAGUGUCACCCUCCCGGCAAUACCUUCUAAUGGCAUCUUUGUGGGCCUAAGUGGGCGAUUUGUGGAACUAAGGACGGCAUUUGGUUUGCGUGUGAGAUGGGAUGGUGACCAGCAGCUUUUUGUGACCGUGUCCAGCACCUACUCAAAGAAACUCUGUGGUUUCUGUGGGAACUAUGAUGGGGACGGCAGCAAUGAUAACCGGAAGCCAGAUGGCAUAAUGACAGAAGAUGAGGACGAGCUGGGGAAUAGCUGGAAGAUAGAAGAGGACAAGGAUCUUGCUGACUGCUUGGGUUGGGUCUUUUCCAGGUGUCAGAACAAGAAGAGCACCCCAUCUUGUGACUCAGCCUUGGGGAGAAUUAUGUCGGGGACCAAGUUAUGUGGCCAGCUUGUUGACCCAAGAGGACCCUUUGAGACAUGCCUGUUCCACAUGAAGGCCUCAUCCUUCUUGGAUAACUGUGUAAUGGACAUGUGUAGCUUCCAGGGGCUCCAGCAGAUGCUCUGUGUUCAUAUGUCAGCCAUGACUGCCACCUGCCAAGAUGCUGGAUAUGCCGUGGGGCCCUGGAGGGGACCCCAGUUCUGCCCCCUGGUUUGCCCUCAAAACAGCAGGUACUCCCUGUGUGCCAAGCCAUGCCCAGACACCUGCCAUCCUGGAUCUGCUCUCCAGCCCUGCCAAGAACAGUGUGUGGAAGCCUGCGAGUGUGACCCUGGCUUCAUCCUCAGUGGUUUCGAGUGUGUCCCUCAAUCAAAGUGUGGGUGCACCAACGUUGAGGGACGCUACUUCGAGAUACAGGAGCAGUGGUUUAAUCCAGACUGCAAAGAGAUCUGUACGUGUGAAGGCAACAACAAUAUUCGCUGUCGGCCCUGGAAGUGUAAGGCUCAGGAAGCCUGUAUCCAUAAGAAUGGCAUAUUAGGCUGUCAUGCCCAAGGUGCAGCCACCUGCAUUGCCUCAGGUGACCCCCACUACCUGACAUUCGAUGGAGCUUUGCAUAAUUUUAUGGGCACCUGCACUUAUGUACUGACCCGGCCUUGCUGGUCCAAUAUUCAAGAAAAUAACUUUGUUGUGAGUGUCACCAAUGAGAUCCGUGAUGGCAACUUGGAAGUCUCCAAUGUCAAAGCUGUCCAUGUGCAGGUCUUUGACCUCAAAAUCUCCCUGUUCAAAGGUCGAAGGGUCGUGCUGAACAACCAACGGGUGACACUGCCUGUGUGGCCUUUGAAAGGACGGGUGACUAUUAGGUCGAGUGGCAUCUUUGUCCUGCUCUACACGAACUUUGGGCUUCAAGUUCGAUAUGAUGGAAACCACCUGGUGGAGGUGACAGUGCCAUCCUCAUACACUGGCUCACUUUGUGGGCUGUGUGGGAACUAUAACAAUAACAGUUUGGAUGACAAUCUUCGUCCAGACAGAAAGCCUGCAGGCAGCUCACUUCUGCUGGGAGCUUCUUGGAAAAUACUUGAAGCCUCUGAGCCUGGCUGCUUUGUAGUCAGGGGCAAGUCCUCCAGCUGUGAAGAGAACAACAUGGAUGACACCUGGACUAAAAGAUGUGCCAUCUUGAUGAACCCUAUUGGGCCCUUCUCCAAUUGCCACGAGGCAGUGCCCCCUCAGGCCAGCUUCUCCAGUUGUGUGUAUGCCCAGUGUGGGACCAAAGGGGACACCCUGGCCCUGUGUCGCUCCCUGCAGGCCUAUGCAACCCUGUGCGCCCAAGCUGGCCAGGUGACUACCUGGCGCAACAGCACCUUCUGCCCUCUGAGGUGCCAACCUGGGAGCAGCUACAACCCAUGUGCGAACCCCUGCCCAGCCACUUGCCUCACCCUAAGCACCCCAAAAGACUGUCCAGCCCUGCCCUGUGUCGAGGGCUGUGAAUGCCAGAAAGGCUACAUCCUGAGUGGAACCACCUGUGUGCCCCUCAGACAUUGUGGCUGCAGCGACCAGGGCGGCUCCUACCACCUGUUGGGGGAGAGCUGGUACACAGAGAGGACCUGCACCACCCUCUGCACGUGCUCCAUCCACAGCAACGUCACCUGCAGCCCCACAGCCUGUGAGGCCAACCACGUGUGCUUGCGCCAGGAUGGGCUGCUGCGCUGUGCUGCCGAGAUGGGAGAGUGUCACAUCUCAGAAGAUUCUCAGAUUGUGAGCUUUGAUGGCCAUAUCCAUCCUAUCCAAGACAUGUGCACUUACGUCUUGGUCAAAGUGUGCCACCCCAACAUGAACCUGCCUUUCUUCACGAUCAGUGCCAAGACUGACAAGGAUACCCUCAGUAAAACCAGGACUUUUAGUGUCUAUCAGAUAUACAUUGACAUCUUUAGCUUCCGAGUCACUCUGCAAAAAAAACAUACAGUCCUGGUGAGCUGGAUCAAUGACACGCAGGUCACCCUUCCUGCCACGACCCAGAUCCCAGGAAUCAGCAUCACGACUGAAGAUGUCUACACCAUUGUCACAAUUAAGGAUGAAGUUCAAGUCAAAUUUGAGAGCAACAGUUUCUUAGAUAUCAAAAUCCCUGCAUCCUCUAAUGGAAAGGUCUGCGGUGUGUGUGGGAAUUUCAAUGGUGAAGAAGAGGAUGAACUGAUGACAUCCAAUGAGGAACUAGCCCAGGAUGAACAGGAGUUCAUGGAUAGCUGGAAAGAUAAGGACAUCGAUCCAAAUUGCCAGAAAAUCGAAGAGCAGAACAUCCAAGUGGAACAGCAGGAGAUCAUGAAUGGAAAAUGCAGGCCCGAUGACUUUGAGAAAGCCCAAGCAAACUGUGAAGCUGCCCUGCAGGGGCCUGCCUGGGCUCAGUGUGCUUCCCGGGUGCCCCUCAAGCCCUUCCUGCUGGGGUGCAUGAACAACUUCUGUGAAUUCAGAGAGCUCUUCCGGGCCCUCUGUGAGGCUCUGCAGUCCUUCGAGGAUGCCUGCCAGAACCAGGGGCUCAAGCCACCUAUCUGGAGGAACAGCAGCUUCUGCCCUCUGGAGUGCCCAGCUCAUAGUCACUACACAAACUGCCUUCCCUCCUGUCCACCUUCCUGCUUGGAUCCAGACAGCCGCUGUGAGGGCUCUGGCCACAAAGUCCCUGCCACCUGCAAGGAGGGCUGCAUCUGUCAACCUGGCUACGUGCUGAACAAUGACAAGUGUGUGCUCAAAACUCAUUGUGGCUGCAAAGAUGCCCAGGGUGUCUUUGUCCCGGCAGGCAAGACUUGGAUGUCCACAGGUUGUACCCAGACCUGUGCCUGCACGAGAGGGGCCAUCAGGUGCCGGAACUUCCAGUGUCCCUUGGGGACUCACUGCAAGGACAACAAUGAUGGCAGCAGUAACUGUGUCAAAAUCAUUUUCCAAUGCCCGGCCCACAGCCAGUACACAGAUUGCCUUCCCUCCUGUCAUCCUUCCUGCUCUGACCCUGAGGGCCACUGUGAGGGCAUCAGCACCAAAGCCCCCGCCACCUGCAAGGAGGGCUGUGUCUGUCAACCUGGCUACGUGCUUCGUAAAGACAAGUGUGUGCUCAAAAUUGAGUGUGGCUGCCAAGACACCCAGGGCGGCUUCAUCCCGGCAGGCAAGACCUGGAUCUCCCGGGGCUGUACCCAGAGUUGUACCUGUAUGGGAGGUGCCAUCCAAUGCCGGAACUUUCAGUGUCCCCCAGGGACUUAUUGCAAAGACAGUGAUGAUGGCAACAGUAACUGCGCCAAAAUCACUCUACAGUGCCCAGCACACAGCCAGUACACCAACUGCCUUCCCUCCUGCCUGCCUUCCUGUCUGGACCUGGAAGGUCACUGUGGGGGCAUCAGCACCAAAGCCCCUGCCACCUGCAAGGAGGGCUGCGUCUGCCAACCUGGCUAUGUGCUAAAUAAUGACAAGUGUAUGCUCAAAAUUGAGUGUGACUGCCAAGACACCCAGGGCGUCUUCAUCCCAGUGAGCAAGACCUGGACCUCCCGGGGCUGUACCCAGAGCUGUACUUGCGUGGGAGGUGUCAUCCAAUGCAGGAAUUUUCAGUGUCCCCCAGGGACUUAUUGCAAGGACACCAAUGAUGGCAACAGUAACUGCACCAAAAUCACUCUGCAGUGCCCAGCCCACACCCUCUACACCAACUGCCUUCCCUCCUGCCUGCCUUCCUGCUCGGACCCAGAUGGCCUCUGUAUGGGCACCAGCCCAAAAGCCCCCUCCUCCUGCAAGGAGGGCUGUGUCUGUCGAUCUGGCUUCGUGCUGCAUAACGACAAGUGUAUGCUCAGAAUUCGGUGUGGCUGCAAAGACACCCAGGGUGUUCUCAUCCCGGCAAAUAAGACCUGGAUCAACAGAGGCUGUACCCAGAGCUGUACUUGCUCAGGAGGGGCCAUCCUGUGCAGGAAAUUCCAGUGUCCCCCAGAGACUUACUGCAAGGACAUUGAGGAUGGCAACAGUAACUGCACCAAAAUCACUCUCCAAUGCCCAGCCCACAGCCAGUACACAGAUUGCCUUCCCUCCUGUCAACCUUCCUGCUCUGACCCUGAUGGCCGCUGUGUGGGCUCUGGCACCAAAGGGCCCUCCACCUGCAAGGAGGGCUGUGCCUGUCAACCUGGCUACGUGCUAGAUAAUGACAAGUGUAUGCUCAGAAUUCAGUGUGGCUGCAAAGAUGCCCAAGGUGUUCUCAUCCCGGCAGAUAAGACCUGGAUCAACAGAGGCUGCACCCAGAGCUGUAUCUGCAUGGGAGGGGUCAUCCAGUGCCAGAAAUUCCACUGUCCCUCAGAGACUUACUGCAAGAACACCGAGGAUGGCAACAGCAACUGUGCCAAAAUCACUCUGCAGUGCCCCGUCCACAGCCACUACACCAACUGCCUUCCCUCCUGCCCACCUACCUGCUCGGACCCAGAGGGCCACUGUGAGGAUGUCAGCACAAAAGCCCCCUCCACCUGCAAGGAGGGCUGCGUCUGUCAACCUAACCAUGUGCUGCAUAACCACCAGUGUAUGCUCAGAACUGAGUGUGGCUGCAAAGACGCCCAGGGUGUCCUCAUCCCGGCAGAUAAGACCUGGAUCAACAGAGGCUGUACCCAGAGCUGUACCUGCUCAGGAGGGGCCAUCCUGUGCAGGAAAUUCCAGUGUCCCCCAGAGACUUACUGCAAGAACAUUGAGGAUGGCAACAGUAACUGCACCAAAAUCACUCUGCAGUGCCCAGCCAACAGCCACUUCACCGACUGCCUUCCCUCCUGUCAACCUUCCUGCUCUAAUGUGAAGGGCCACUGUGAAGACUCCAGCCCCAAAGCCCCCUCCACCUGCAAGGAGGGCUGCAUCUGUCAACCUGGCUAUGUGCUGCAAAAGGACCAGUGUAUCCUCAGAACUGAGUGUGGCUGCAAAGACGCCCAGGGUGCUCUCAUCCCAGAAGGCAAGACCUGGAUCACCAGAGGGUGCACUCAGAGCUGUACCUGCAUAGAAGGGGUCAUCCAGUGCAGGACUUUCCAGUGUCCCUUGGGGACUUACUGCAAGAGUAGUGAUGACGUCAACAGUAGCUGUGUCAAAAUCACUCUGCAGUGCCCAGCCCACAGCCGCUAUAGCAACUGCCUUCCCUUCUGUCCACCCACGUGCUUGGACCCAGAGGGUCUCUGUGGUAGCACCAGUCCUAAAGCCCCCUCUACCUGCAAAGAGGGCUGUGUCUGUCGACCUGGUUUUGUGCUGCAUAACGACAAGUGUAUGCUCAGAAUUCUGUGUGACUGCAAAGACGCCCAGGGUACUCUCAUCCCAGCAGACAAGACCUGGAUCACCAGAGGCUGUACCCAGAGCUGUACCUGCGUGGCAGGGGUCAUCCACUGCAAGAAUAUCCAGUGUCCCCCAGGGACUUACUGCAAGAACAGGGAUGAUGGCAGCACUAACUGCACCAAAAUCACUCUGCAAUGCCCAACCCACAGCCAAUUCACGGACUGCCUUCCCUCUUGUCUACCUUCUUGCUCCAACCACUGUGAGAUCACCAGCCCCAAAGGACCCUCCAACUGCAAGGAGGGCUGUCUCUGCGACCAUGGCUUUGUCCUCAAUGAGAACAAGUGUGUGCCUAGAACUGAGUGUGGCUGCAAAGAUGCCCGGGGUACCUUCAUUCCGGCAGGCAAGACUUGGACCUCCAAGGGCUGCACCCAGAGCUGUGCCUGCACGGAAGGUAAUAUCCAGUGUCAGAAUUUCCAUUGUCCCUCGGAGACUUACUGCAAGGACAACAGUGAUGACAGUAGUACUUGCGUCAAAAUCACUCUGCAGUGCCCCGCCCACACCCACUUCACCAGCUGCCUUCCCUCCUGUCUACCUUCCUGCUCUGACCCCGGGGGCCUCUGCAAAGGCACCAGCCCUAAAGCCCCCGCCACCUGCAAGGAGGGCUGUAUCUGCCAACCUGACCACGUGCUACAUAAUGACAAGUGUAUUCUCAGAAUUCAGUGUGACUGCAAAGAUGCCCAUGGUGCUCUUAUCCCGGCAGGCAAGACAUGGAUCUCCACAGGCUGUACCCAGAGCUGUGCCUGCAUGGAAGGGGCUGUUCAGUGCCAGGACUUCAAGUGUCCCUCGGGGACGUACUGCAAGAACAAUAAUGAGGGCAGCAGUAACUGUGCUAAAAUCACUCUGCAGUGCCCAGACCACAGCCUGUUCACUGACUGCCUUCCCUCCUGUCUACCGUCCUGCUUGGACCCAGAGGGCCUCUGUAAGGAAACCAGUCCCAAAGCCCCCUCCACCUGCAAGGAGGGCUGUGUCUGUGAACCUGGCCUUGUGCUGCAAAAGGACACGUGUGUACUCAAAACUGAGUGUGGCUGCAAAGACGCCCACGGUGCUCUCAUCCCAGUGAGCAAGACCUGGGUCUCCAGAGGCUGCACCCAGAGCUGUACCUGCACAGGAGGGAUCAUCCAGUGCCAGAGUUUCCAGUGUCCUCCAGAGACUUACUGCAAGAACAGCAAUGAUGACAGCAGUAACUGUGUUAAAAUCCCUCUGCAGUGUCCAGCCAACAGCCAGUACACUGACUGCCUUCCCCGCUGCCCACCCACUUGCUUGGACCCAGAGGGCCACUGUGAAGGCACCGGCCCCACAGGCCCCUCCACUUGCAAGGAGGGCUGUGUCUGCCAACCUGGCUACGUGAUCGAUAAGGACAAGUGUGUGCUCAGAAUGCAGUGUGAUUGUAAAGAUGCCCAUGGUGUUCUCAUCCCGGCAGGCAAGACCUGGACUCCUAGAGGCUGUAACCAGAGCUGUACCUGCAUGGCAGGGGCUGUUCAGUGCCGGAAUUUCCAGUGUCCUUCAGGGACUUACUGCAAGGACAGCAAUGAUGGCAGCAGUAACUGUGCGAGAAUCCCUCUGCAGUGCCCCGCCCACAGCCUCUACACCGACUGCCUUCCCUCCUGUCAACCUUCCUGCUUGGAUCCAGAUGCCCACUGUGAGGGCAUCACACCUAAAGCCCCUUCUACCUGCAAGGAGGGCUGCUCCUGUCAACCUGGCUAUGUGCUGGCUAAUGACAAGUGUGUGCUCAAAAUUGAGUGUGGCUGCAAAGGCACCCAGGGCGGCUUCAUUCCGGCAGGCAAGACCUGGAUCGCUACAGGCUGUUCCCAGAGCUGUACCUGUGUGGGAGGGACCAUCGAGUGCCGGAAUUUCCUGUGUCCUUCGGGGACUUACUGCAAGGACAGGGAUGAUGGCAGCAGUAACUGUGCUAAAAUCACUCUGCAGUGCCCAGAUCACAGCCACUUCACAAGCUGCCUUCCCUCCUGCCCACCUUCCUGUCUCAACCUGGAUGGCCGCUGUGAGGGCACCAGUCCCCAAGUCCCUUCCACCUGCAAGGAGGGCUGCCUCUGUCAACCUGGCUACUUCCUGAAUAAAAACAAGUGUGUGCUCCAAAUUCACUGUGACUGCCUAGAUGCCCGGGGUACCUUCAUUCCGGCAGGCAAGACCUGGACCUCCAGGGGUUGCACCCAGAACUGUCCCUGUGCAGGAGGCGCCAUCCAGUGCCAGAAUUUCCAGUGUCCCUCGGGGACUUACUGCAAAGACAGUAGUGAUGGCAACAGUAACUGUGCCAAAAUCAGUAAGGGAGUCAUGGGGGAAUGGGCGGGGGGUGUGCUCAUGGCUGGAGGGAUCAGAGCUCUGCAGUGCCCCGCCCACAGCCAGUUCACCAGCUGCCUUCCUUCCUGUCCGCCUUCCUGUGCCAUUCUGGAUGGCCACUGCGAGGAAGCCAGCUCCAAAGUCCCCACAACCUGUAAGGAGGGCUGCAUCUGUCGACCUGGCUACUUAUUGAACAAUGACAAGUGUGUUCUCCGAAUUCAGUGUAGCUGCAACGAUGGCCACGGUGGCCUUAUUCCCGCAGGCAAGACCUGGAUCAACGAAGACUGUACAGAGACCUGUAACUGCAUGGGAGGGACCAUCCAGUGCAGGAAUUUCCAGUGUCCCCCAGGGACUUACUGCAAGAACAACAAUGAUGACAGCAGAAACUGUGCCAAAAUCACUCUGCAAUGUCCUGCCCACAGCCGCUACACAAACUGCCUUCCCCCAUGUUUACCUUCCUGUGCUAAUUUGGAUGGCCUCUGUGGGGUUACCAUCUCCAAAGUCUCCUCCACCUGCAAGGAGGGCUGUAUCUGUCAACCUGGCUAUGUGCUGAAUAAUAACAAAUGUGUGCUCCAGAUUCACUGUGGCUGCAAAAAUGCCCAGGGUGACUUAAUUCCGGCAGGCAAGACCUGGACCUCCAGGGGCUGCACCCAGUGCUGGUCCUGCGUGGGAGGGGCUGUCCAGUGUCACAACUUCAACUGCCCCUCAGGGACUCAGUGCCAGGAUGACCAGGAUGGCAACAGUAGCUGCGCCAAAAUCACUCUGCAGUGCCCCACCCACAGCCGCUACACAAACUGCCUUCCCUCCUGUCUACCUUCCUGUGCGGACCCAGAAGGCCUCUGUGGGGGCACCAGCCCAAAAGCCCCCUCCACCUGCAAGGAGGGCUGUGUCUGUCGAGCUGGCUUUGUGCUGCAUAACAACAAGUGUGUACUCAGAAUUCAGUGUGCCUGCAAAGACGCCCAUGGUGUUCUCAUCCCGGUGAACAAGACUUGGAUCUCCAAAGGCUGUACCCAGAACUGUACCUGCCUGGCAGGGAACAUCCGUUGCCGGGAUUUCCACUGUCCCUCAGGGACUCGGUGCAAAGACAAUGGUGAUGGCAGUAGUAACUGUGCCAAAGUUGUUCUGGAAUGCCCAGACAACAGCCACCACACCAACUGCCUCCCUUCCUGUAUCCCAUCCUGCUCCAACCUGAAUGAGCACUGUGAGGUUGAAGGCCUCAGAGCCCCCUCCAUCUGCAAAGAAGGCUGCCUCUGUCAGCCUGGCUUUGUGCUCAAUAAGGACAAGUGUAUACCCAGAAUUCAAUGUGGCUGCAAAGACUCCCAGGGCACCCCCAUUCUGGCAGGCAAGACCUGGAUUUCCACAGGCUGUUCCCAGAAAUGCACAUGCGUGGAAGGACUUGUUCACUGCCAUGACUUCAAGUGCCCCGCAGGGACUCAGUGCCAGGACAUCGAGGAAGGCAGCAGUAAUUGUGUUGAAAACACCUUCCAAUGCCCCGCCCACAGCCGCUUCACCAACUGCCUUCCCUCCUGUUUACCUUCCUGCUUGGAUCCUGAUGCCCACUGUAAGGGCACCAGCCCCAAAGCCCCUGCCGUCUGCAAGGCAGGCUGCCUCUGUCAAUCUGGCUAUGUGCUGAGUAAUGACAAGUGUAUCCUCAGAAUCCAGUGUGGCUGCAAAGAUGCCCAGGGUGCUCUCAUCCCGGAAGGCAAGACGUGGAUCUCCAGAGGAUGUAUCCAGAGUUGUGCCUGCAAGGGAGGGGCUGUUCAGUGUCGGGACUUCAAGUGCCCAGCAGAGUCCCAUUGCCAGCUCUAUGAAGAUGGCAGCAGUAGCUGUGUCACGAGUGCUCUGAAAUGCCCGGCCCACAGCUUCUAUACCAACUGCCUUCCCUCCUGUCUACCUUCCUGCUUGGACCCAGAGGGCCUCUGCAAGGGCUCCAGCCCCAAAGCCCCCUCCACCUGCAAGGAGGGCUGUGUCUGCCGAUCUGGCUACGUGCUGCAAAACAACAAGUGUAUGCUCAGAAUUCACUGUGCCUGCAAACUCUCCCAGGGUAACCUCAUCCAGGCUGGCCAGUCAUGGAUCUCCUCUGACUGUACCCAGAUUUGUGCAUGCAAGGGAGGGCUCUUUCAGUGCCAAAGUUUCCAGUGCCCCUCGGGGACCCAGUGCAAAGUGUAUGAAGAUGGCAGCAGUAACUGUGUCUCCAAGAGUAAGGGGUGCCCGGCCCACAGCCUAUACACCGACUGCCUUCCCUCCUGUCUACCGUCCUGCUCCAACCCGAAUGGCCUCUGUGAGGGCAUCAGCACCAAAGCCCCCUCCACCUGCAAGGAGGGCUGUGUCUGUCGACCUGGCUUCCUGUUCAGUGACAACAAGUGUGUGCUCAAAGACCAAUGUGGCUGCAAAGAUGCCCAGGGUGACUCCAUCCCGGCAGGCAAGACCUGGAUCUCCAGUGGGUGCACCCAGAGUUGUACCUGUGUGGCUGGUGCUGUUCAGUGCCGAAACUUCGUCUGCCCCACAGGGUCCCACUGCCAGCACAGUGAUGAUGGCAGCAGUAACUGUGCAGUCAACAAAUUGGAAAAAUGUACCGCAUUUUUUGAUGGCUUCGACUACCGAUUCCCGGGCCGGAUGAACUACUAUCUCAUUAAGACAGUGGACAAGCUCCCAGAGGGGAUUGAGCCCCUGGUCACAGAGGGACGCAACAAGAUAUCCCCCAAAGGGAGUCCAGCCUUGCAUGAAGUGACCACCAUCGUCUAUGGUUAUAAAAUCCAGCUCCAAAAAGGGCUGGUGGUUUUGGUUAACGAUCAAAAGGUGGCGAUCCCCUACAGCCCAAAUCACCACCUGCGGGUCAUAUUGCGGGCACAACGGCUGUUUCUCAUCACUGACUUUGAAAUGGUGGUGGACUUCGAUGGGAAGCAAACUGCAGUGAUCUCCUUGCCUACCGUAUACCGUGGACUGAUAAGGGGUCUGUGUGGAAACUAUGACAAGAACCAAGCCAAUGAUUUCAUGUUACCCAAUGGAAUGCUCACCUCAAACAUCAACGCCUUUGGCAACAGUUGGGAGGUGAAGGUGGUGGAGGUCCUCUUCCGAUCGCCAAGGCAGCCCCUUGCCAUCCCCACUUCAGGGCCCUGCCAGACGAUGGAGGAGGAGAAGAGCCCGAGCUUCUGCGCUCUGGGAUUCCAAAACAUCACCACACCCUGCUUGUUUUUAACAUGGAUACCAGAAAUCAAACAGCUCCUUAUUCUUUCGAGGCAAGCACUUAGUCAGCUUAGCCACAUCCCCAGCUCCCAGCCCCUCACCCUGGGCUCUUUUCCAGCAAGGCCGGAUCUCCUUGCUCCCCUCUCUAACAGCACACCUACUCCACCCUUCCCUUUAUACCCCAGGCACUGUAUGUCUGACAUGUGCUCUAGUUGGAAAACCAAAGAUGAAGAGGAACUUAGAUGCCGGGUCCUCAGUGGAUAUGCCAUCCUUUGCCAGGAGGCAGGUGUCAACAUGACUGGCUGGCGGGGCCAGACACACUGUGCGAUGACAUGCCCUGCCAACACUGUGUACCAGAGCUGUAUGACGCCCUGCCCAGCAUCCUGUGCCAAAUUUGUGACUCCCAAGGUCUGCGAUGGUCCCUGCGUGGAAGGCUGUGCUGCCAUCCCAGGCUACAUCUACAGUGACACCCAGAGCCUCCCCGUGACUCACUGUGGCUGCUCUACCAAUGGCACCUAUUACAAGCUGGGUGACAGCUUUGUCACUGAUGACUGCUCCCAGCACUGCACCUGUGCAAGCCAGGGGAUCCUGCAGUGUGAGCCCUAUGGAUGCAGAGCUGGAGAGUCCUGCACUGUGGCCAACUUUACUCGAGGCUGCUUCCGGGGUGAGCCUGG